UUCUAAUAAGUUUAAAAUGUGGCAAUAAAAUGCAGCCCAAACCCUUGAUUUGAUUAGCAGCGAUCUUUGACGGGAUCAAUUUCCUCAUCGGAGAAGUAGGAAUCAAUUUCAAUUUCAAAACCCCAAAAUUCGAACAAAAUGCAGCAGCCAGCUGCUCCACCACCAGCUCAGCAGCCGGCGGGAAAUGCCCCGCCCAAGCAAGUGGCGCAAGCGCUGGAGCAGCUCGGCCAAGCUGGACGGCUUAUUGCCGAUGUGCGGCUCGGGGCGGACCGGUUGCUGGAAGCCUUAUUCUUCGUGGCCGAGAAGCCUCAUCACCAAUAUUCUGCCAAGUGUUUGAACUUAAUCCUCAAAGAAGAAUCCCUAAUGCGCCAAUACCUCGUCAAUCUCCGCGCGAUUGGAAGACAGCUGGAGGAAUCUGGUGUAUUAAAUGACUCUCUCCGUUCACGUAGUAAUUCUUGGGGUCUCCACAUGCCUCUGGUCUGUCCAGAUGGAGCUGUUGUUGCCUACGCAUGGAAGCGGCAACUUGCUGGCCAGGCUGGUGCAUCUGCUGUUGAUCGAACCAGGCUGGCACUUAAGGCGUUCACAGAUCAAAAGAGGCAAUUUUUCCCGCACCUUGCCGACGAUUCUGUUUUAGAACCAGCAACAAAGAAGCACUGCAGUCCUCUGCCGAUAUCUUAUGAAGAGAUUGGUGAUCUAAAAACAGUGAGUGAUAUGCUGUCUCAUCUGGAGAAAGAAGUUCCAAAUCUGCAAGCAUGUACUUACCAGCGGAUGGAGUGGUUAAAGAGAGCAUCGUCAUUGCCCUCUUCGGCAAAUGAGAGCCCAACUGAGUCAACAAAAGAUCUUAGCUUCCCAAGCACAAGCAAAUGGAGAGAACGUCCAGAAAUGCAUGCUGCAGAUAAAGCUGCUGUGAUCGAGUUACUUCUCCCCUCAGUUUUCAGAGCAGUAGUAUCAUUACACACAGCAGGAUCUGUGGAUCCUGAUGCAGUAGCUUUCUUUUCACCUGAUGAGGGUGGCAGCCAUUUGCAUGCACGAGGUUUUUCAACUCAUCAUGUAUUUAGACACGUCUCGGAACAUGCUUCUAUGGCUCUGCAGUUUUUUAUCUCUGCCCAUCCAAAAAUGGCCUUGCAGCUUUUGCUGCACUGGGUUUGCAGUUAUCAAACACUGUUUGUGAAGGUGUGCAGCAAGUGUGGGAAGCUACUCGCAAUGGACAAACAAUCAGGGUUGGUAUUGCCUCCCGUGAAGCGCCCUUACUGCUUCACUUCUGGUCCAAGUACGUCUAAGAACUCGACUACUGAAAAAUGCAACCUCAGUCUCAUCCAGGCUUUUCACAUAGGCUGCUUUUCAGAGGAUGCAUAGUUGCGUCUCUGUCUCUAUCUCUCUCUCAUGUUGUAGAUUGUAGAAUCAGGUUGCUUUUCACAUAGGUGUAACUUUUACAUUGUGCUCCUUUUAUGUGGGAAUUGGGAUAUAUUGGAGUGAGGAUAAUUGUCAAACACGCAAUCUUUACAUUGUAUAUUAACUCAAUUGUUGCUUUUUA